UAGAAAAAAAAACCCACUCCCCGUCCACCACCUCCCCUGAUCCCCAACCUUCCCCCGAUCUCCCUCGUGCCAGGUGCCAGCGCCGUGCAUCUCUCCCCGCUCCUCGAUCUCCUAGCACCGCCGCUCCCCGCUUCCCCUGCCUCCCGGCGCUGCCGUGCCCACUUCCCCUGCCUCCUAGUGCCGCCGCUUCCCUCCACCCCGCUUCCUCUACCUCCAAGCGCCACUGCCCCAACCUCCGGCAUGCAACUAGGCUGCCUUCCGCCGCCUCCCCUUGCUCUGGCGUGCCUCCCAUCGCCAUGGCUCCGGCACGCCUCCCACCGCCGCACCCCCGGCCCCGGUGCGCUUCCCGCCAUCGCCUUCUCUCCAGCAGCCGCGGCCACCCGUGACCAGCGUCAGCACAACCAGCUACAAAUCCAGUGGGAUUCCCCCCCACUCCUGUCCAUAGUCGCGUGGCUCGCGGCAAAACAGGGCCGCCGAGGAGAACAUCUCCCGUCCGGCAAGGAGCAUCUCAAGGGCGUCCGACGAGGAGCAUCUCAGGGGCGAGGAACAUCUCCCACCUCCUCCCUAGUGCAGAGCUUUCAGUCCAGGCCCCCGCGGCAAAAAACGCAGUGUCCACUCCUAUGAAAAUGCUCCUCCAAUAUCUUCAGGCGGUGUGGGCAUCCGGUCAUAGAGAGAUGUGUGGAGCGCUGCAUUCCGCUUGUUGUUGACCUCGUGGCCGCAAACGCCGAGAUUAUUGUCGUGUGUGGACUGCAACGAUGACCGAAUCCGACCUUCACCAGCAUCAUCAUUCUUCCUUCUCCUGUUCACCAACGUGCACCACCCGUCAUGGGUUAAGACACUGCUCAGACACUUCGAGGUGCCAUCGAUGGAUGUCUUGUCAAAAAGAUUCGCUCUCUUCGGCUUUAUUGCUGGGUGGAGCAUCGCAACCUCUGCUGAGACUGGACCUACCUUCCAGCUUGCACUGGUACUCGUCUCAUGCAUAUACUUUCUCAACGACAAGAUGAAAGAACCUUGGCAGGGCGUCUGCUACAGGGCUUGGACUCUUUGCGAGUGGCUGGAUAGUAGGUUCGCUGGUAGUCCCAGUGAUCCCGACAUUUAUUUUGCCGCGUACUUGGUGUCUGGAGCUCCUUACUUCGCUAGUCGCUUAUGUAUUUUUAUUCCUGGGUUGCAUCCACUUGUGACGUUCCACCCGCUAAUGUCAAAGACAAACAAUUUUGUACAGGAGAUGUUAAUGUAAACAUUGAUACGAGUAAUUGAUAGCCUAGGUUGGUGUUUUUUCAGUAAAAGAUAUGGGCUUGACUACUGAGAAAACAUUUUAGUUUCCAGCCUCGUCUUCAUGAAACAGUUUAGUUAGUCCACAAGGAUCAGACUAAAUUUUUUCCUUGUGAGGUUUCUGAAUGAACAUGUUUCACUAAAUAAAAUAGAAGAGUAAUUAUGAUUAUUUGUUCGAGACUGCAACCAAGCUAACUAGCUGCCCUUGUUUUUCAGCAUGGAUAGAUUGUUUCAAGAGGAAUUUACUGCACUUUUAUUAUGAUUCAGAUUUCAGAAGUAAGCUAAAACAAUUUGGUUUGCAGCAGGUUCAGGCAAGUCUUUUGUGUUUGUUUCAAGGUCCAGAAGUAAGGAAGUACUAGCUAGUUUAAUGUAGUAGUUUUUCAGGGCUCAGAUUUUGACGCCUCUAAUGAUUUUUUUGUCUACUGCACACAGUUGAAUCUCCAAGUUAUAAGAUUCUGUCAGUGUUGAAGAUCAAGAUUACUUUCAAACUGCAACCAUCAUCUACUAUUUGGUUGUCCUUUCCAUUGCCCCUUGAGUAGCAUCGUCUGUUGUUUCUUUCGCCAGCAGAGCACCACUCUCUCAUGAUGAAGUUUCCUAAUUGAGUCUCAAACUGCAGCAACCUAAUCUGGACUUGUUUUAGGAAUGACCGAUUAAUCGGUCCAAAUUCUAACUGUUGAUUAUCCACUGGGCGCCUUCACGGCGUGCUUCAGACUCCAAUCCAUCCUUGUUGUCCUUAGAGAGGAACACGUACAGGUCGUGGGUCGCUAGCAGGAGAUAAGAAUUAUAUGCAACAGGUCACUUAGCUUCCUUUGCUUUGUGGGCAAAAGGUUAUCAAAGUUCUCGCAAUUUUUUUGGGUAAAAAGUAAUAGAAAUUCAUGGAAGAUUGAUUUGUGUA